UAUUUAAUACAUUAACUUUUUAGAAUUUUGUGUGCUGUGAAGAAAGAGAAAAGAUUGACCAGGCAAUUGAUAAUCUGUUUAAGGAGGAUUGCGGAAGAUUUGAAAUUUAUAAGAUAUAUGGGGGUAGAUAUGUUAAAUUAAUGAGCAGACCUUGGAUGGCCAUUCUUAAUUUAAUAGAUCAUAAAAAUCAAACUUACAUAUGUGGCGGUACCUUGAUAAACAAACGUUACGUGUUAACAGCUGCUCAUUGUUUCGACAAGAAAGAACUAUCCUUAUUGCGAUUGGGAGAACACAAUUUAAGAAAGAAACAAGAUUGCGAUGGGGAUUCUUGUGCACCACCAGUUGAGGAUAUUGAGAUUGAACGCAUUUUUGUGCAUGAAAAGUAUUCGCCUAAAACUCUACAUGAUGAUAUUGCUCUAGUGAAACUGUCGAGAGACGUGGAAUUUAAAAGGAAUAUUUCGCCUAUUUGUCUGCCUACGACCGAGACCCUUCAACAAAAAGUUAACAAUAUGAAAAACUUCCAUGUGACUGGCUGGGGAAAAACUGCACACACUAAUUUCUCUGAUACUCUUAUGGAAAUCAUUGUAAAUCAAAAAAAUCGCGCAAUAUGCAAAAAAAGAUUUCCGAAACACCCAAUCGAUUCAACACAAAUAUGCGCUGGAGCUGAUGGAAAGGAUGCCUGCGGAGGUGACUCUGGAGGUCCAUUGUCACAGGUAGUCUAUUUUAAUGAGUAUCAACGGUUUGUGCAGUUUGGAGUGGUCAAUUUUGGAUCUCCUCAUUGCGAUGGUACGGAUCCGGGUGUAUACACAAACGUUGGCAGUUACAUACGGUGGAUCGCUUAUACGAUUGCCACCAAAUAAAAAAGAUAAGUAGAUGAUAAUUAUUUAUUAAAUUAUUGAAUAUGUAUGCGAAAUUAAAGCUCAUCGUUUGGUUGCUUAAGUUUAAAUGCAUGGGAUAAAGCUUGCAUGUGAUGCGAGAAAAAAUUAAAAUCCUCAAUAGAAAUAUAUAUAUUAAUAAAUAUUUAAACAAUUA